AAUGUGCAACCAACAUUAAAAACCACAUCCAUCUUUCCUACAGUAUUGAAACCAUAAUCAUGAGGGAAACUUUCCAUGCUAUGCUUAUUCUAGUGGCUGUAUUGUUCUUUGGAGCUAGAGAGUUUUGCUCCGGUCGGAACAUGAGCUUCAGUUGUAUAGAGGGGGAGAGAGAAGCCCUCUUGAAGUUAAAACUUUGUUUCCAUGAUUUAUCUGAUAUGUUGUCUUCUUGGAAAGGCAUUGACUGUUGUGAAUGGAGAGGAGUAGGUUGUGACAAAAAUAGUGGACAUGUUGUCUCGCUUCAACUCAGGGGAUCCAUAUUUGAUCAACCUCAAUUGUACUUGAUUGAUGAUGUAGAGGAGGUUGUUUCAAGUUUGCUCAAGUUGAGAUACUUGGAACACCUGGACUUGAGUGGAAAUGACGUCAACAGCAGCCUUAUCCCACCCUCCUUUGGUUUGAUGAAGCAGCUAAGGUACCUAAAUCUCUCCUCUAUGAACUUCAAAGGAAGAAUUCCAAGUGAAUUUGGAAAUCUUACGAGGCUUCAUGUUCUUGAUCUUGCGGACUAUUAUGGUGGAGCGUUGAAGGUUGAUGAUGACAUUCGGUGGAUUUCUCAUCUCUCCUCUUUACAACAACUUGAUAUGAGUGGAGUACAUCUAAGCCAUGUCUCAUCAAACUUGUUCCGGCACUUCGAUAUUUCACAGAACUCUUUUCCUGGUCCAAUACCUGUUUUUCUCCAAAACAUGACUUCAUUAACAUUUCUUUAUCUUUUUUACAAUCAACUGAGUGGGACUAUUCCAGAUAGCAUUGGGCAACUUUCUAAGUUAGAGAGCAUAGAUCUUUCUAGCAAUCAAUUGAGUGGAAGUAUUCCAGAUAGCAUCAGGCAACUUUCUAAGUUAGCAAGCAUAUAUCUUUUUAGGAAUCAAUUGAGUGGGAGUAUUCCAAAUAGCAUCGGGCAACUUUCUAAGUUAGAAAGCAUAGAUCUAUCUGGCAAUCAAUUGACUGGAAGUAUUCCAGAUAGCAUUGGACAACUUUUUAAGUUAGAGAGCAUAUAUCUUUUUGGGAAUCAAUUGAGUGGGAGUAUUCCAAAUAGCAUCGGGCAACUUUUUAAUUUAAAGAGCAUAUAUCUUUCUAACAAUCAACUGAAUGGGAGUAUUCAAGAUGGCAUCGGGCAACUUUCUAAGUUAGGGGGCAUAUCUCAUUCUAGCAACAAAGUGAGUGGGAGUAUCCCAGAUAGCAUAAAAAACCUUUCUAAGUUAGAGAUCAUUGAUCUUUCUGGGAAUCAAUUGAAUGGGAGUAUUACAGAUAGCAUUGGGCAACUUUCUAAGUUAAAGGGCAUAUAUCUUUCUGGGAAUCAAUUGAGUGGGAGUAUUCCAGAUAGCAUCGGGCAACUUUCUGAGUUAAGGGGAAUAUAUCUUUCUGGCAAUAAAUUGAGUGGUAGUAUUCCAGAUAGCAUUGGGAAACUUUCUAAGUUAAAGAUCAUAGAUCUUUCUAGAAAUCAAUUGAAUGGGAGUAUUCCAAAUAACAUUGGGCAACUUUCUAACUUGGAGUAUUUGAACUUUGACUCAAAUAAAUUGAAUGGGGUGCUUCCACAUAGUAUUAGUAAACUUUCCAACCUGAAAGCCUUACUUGUUGCAGUUAAUUCUUUGGAAGGUGUCAUUUCAGAAGCUCACUUUGCAAACUUAUUCAAAUUGAUAAGUUUUGACAUUGGGUUUAACAACUUGAAUUGUGAGAUGAAAUCUAAUUGGAGACCUCCUCUCUACCUUGCCUUCAUCUACAUGGGUUCUUGCAAAUUUGGAACAGGAUUUCCUGAAUGGCUUUUAUUGCACAAGACAACAAUGAUGGUUGAUCUCUCUAAUGCUAGCAUCUCAGGUCCUCUUCCAGAAAACAUAGGUCAUAUGUUGCCAGAACUUCAGGGAUUAUCUCUUACAGAUAACCUCAUGAAUGGUUCAAUUCCAAAGUCAUUGUGCAAUUCAAAAUCUUUGAUAUUUCUUGACCUCUCAAACAAUAUGUUAUCCGAAAGUGUUCCUAAUUGUUGGAGAAAUGAUCAAUCAUUCAAUUUUAUUGAUCUAUCUUCUAACAAUCUUUCGGGUUUAUUUCCAAGCACAAUGGGGCAACUUUCAUCUUUAUUUGUAUUGCUCUUGAACAACAAUAGUCUCCAAGGGGAAUUACAUGUGGCCUUAAAAAACUUGACUUCUUUAAGAGUUUUGGAUUUGGGCGAGAAUAAAUUCUUUGGAAAUUUAACAAGCAUUGUAGUGGGCGAGAACAAUGCUUUAAAAAUUCUCCGACUACGAAAAAAUUUGAUUUCUGGUUAUAUUCCUUUGGAAUUGUGCUCUCUCUCUCAAUUGCAAAUUCUGGAUCUUGCAAAUAACAACUUGAUAGGAAAGAUUCCUCCUUGUUUUGGAAAGUUUCCAGUUAUGGUGAAUGCAACAAAAAUGAUCAACAUCGCAGAUGAUAUUUAUUGGGAUCUGACGCAUUUGAUGGAGGUUGUGAAAGGGAGAUACCUUGAGUAUACAAGAAUGACUCUAGGACUCGAGAUUAGUAUGGAUCUUUCAAGUAACAAUCUAAUAGGACCCAUACCAGAGGAGUUUAUUUUCCUUAAGAAUUUGCACAAUUUGAAUUUGUCUUGGAAUCAUCUCUCAGGGAAGAUUCCUAAGAAAAUUGGACAAAUGGAGAAUUUGGAAUCUCUUGAUUUCUCUCAAAAUGGCCUUUCAGGAAUAAUCCCAGAGAGCAUGUCAAGUUUAACCAAGUUAAGCCACCUCAACUUGUCCUACAACAACUUGUCAGGGCCAAUUCCAAUAAGCUCUCAACUCCAAACACUCGAAGAUCCAACCAUUUACAUCGGCAAUCCUCAGCUUUGUGGAGCUCCAUUCCUGAAGAAAUGCCUAAAUGACACGCUGCCUUCGACAACCACCAACUUCAAGGACAACAAUGAAGGUGCACUUAAAAGGAUGUGGUUUUACAUUGUCAUAAUGUCAGGCUUUGCAACUGGAUUCUGGGGAGUCAUUGGAACUUUGAUUUUUGUGAAAAGUUGGAGAUAUGCAUAUUUUCAAUGGGUUGAUGAUGUCAAACACUGGAUACUUAUGGCUAUAACAUUAAAGGUGGCACAAUUCAGGAAAAUGUUCAAUGGCAACCCAGAUGAUCAGUGAGUGAUACAUGGAGUAUAUUGCUAUUGCUACAUUUAUUAUUAACUAGUGGGACAACCUCGCAUUGUAGGGUAUGGUGUUGGGUCCAAAUAGACCAAUUUUAAAUGAACACAGAAGUAUUAUAGUUUGUAAAGUUUUCAAUAAUGUAACAUAAGUUGUAGUUCUAUUUGUUUCACAAAAAUAAAAAUUCAUAGAUUUA